CACAUAGAGGCGCUGAUGGAUGAAAACACCUAAAACGACGCGAUGACCGCUCUCAGGUUCCUCUCUGCUGAGAGAAUCCUCGAAAAUUGACAAAAUCCGGGAGAGGCGUCAAUGGACACGUUUUACACACGUGUCCUGUCCUCCAAUCCAUUUUCUCAUCCCGUCCGGCUUGUUCUCUGCGCAGCAUAUGCGCGAUGAUCCUAGUGACUUUCCACGCCUCCUCCCAGGCAUACCAUAGGACCACGACCACGGUGCCCUCGCAUGCGCCUCAUUCCAAAAAAAACCAUCAGCCAUAUUGGUGUGUUGUAUCGCUGUCCUCAGUAAUUCCGACGAUCAGCAAAGGUGAUAGUGCAUCAUGACGGAUUCCAUGAAAUUUGGUCCAGAAUGGUUGCGCAAGGUUGGGUCAGGAGACAGUUGCAAUGCUGGUAGUGGUGGCGGAGGAACCACAACGUUGAGUACACCUCGCUAUCAACUAGCAGAGCAUAGAUAUGGCCGUGAGGAAAUGUUGGCCUUAUUUGAUCGCAACUGUAAACCUUCGGAGCCGUUCCUAGUAUCCUUUCCAAUGUUAUAUGUGGAGAAAACUCAGCUUCCACUGGCUCUCACAACCAUGACAGAUGAUGAAACGCGUAUGUGGAAUGGAGGGAUAACUAAUAUUAGUGGUAGCCGUGGAAGAGGCAGCAGUGUAGAUCGUGGACGUGGUCGAACUGGAAGAGGAAGCUUGUAUUCGUCUCACUUUUCACGUGGAGUUGGUUUUGAUGACUCCAAUGAUGGGAUCCGAAUCGAGGGUCAAUCAUUCCAGGGGAGAAAUAGACCAUUUGAUAGAUCUCAAAGCGAGCGUGGCUGGUCAGAAAGAAAUGGCGCUUCAGAUCCAGGAGAAUGGAAUGGGUCGACUAGUCCUAGAAAGGAACUAAAUCGCGGAACAAGUGGUAGUUCGCUUAUGGAGAGUAAUUGGAGACGUCAUCGUGGAGAAGAUGAAGAUAGUUGGCGCAAGUGGGGACGAAGUAGUUGGCGUGAGGGUGGCAGCAUGGACCGGGACAGGUUGGAUCGAAACGAGGGCGAUGGAGACGAGGGUAGAGGCGGAUCGGGAAGAUGGGAGCAUCGGGGGAACCAUAGACCUUCCCACGAUUCAAGUCAUCAUCCCCCACCUCGUACCGCUCGCACUUGGGAAUCAAAUCAUCAUGAUAAUCAUGACAAUCUACCUGAAUGGGCAACGGAGAAUCCAGCUGAAAGUGGCGGCAGUUUUGAUUCUUCUGGCGCAUUUCAUGGUGGAAUGUAUUCGGAUGAUGACGAGGAUGGUGCGGCGGGUGCCUCUCAACAGGGUAGAACUCGACGCGUGUCGGAGGGAAGUGCUUCCAAUGUAGCGAGACCUAGUAGCAAGCCAUAUGGAACGAGUUCUGCUCAAUCUUUGAAUCGCCAUAUAAAUAAUACAGUAACCAAUACAUUAAGCAAGGAACGUUCAAAACCAUUGGAUUCGCUUGAAGAUAAGGAUGAUUCUACAGAAAAAGAGAAGAGAUGUAACUCACCCUCUACUAAGUCGACCACUGUGCCGUCGACUGAGAGCAUUCCCACGAAAACUUCAGUGUCAUCUGUAGAUCUUUUGCAGAAGAAGACUGUCGGACCCGCCGCGAAUGUGGAUAAAGUCGAGACUUCAGGUGAGAAAUCUAGCGAGUCUCCGAGUGGAGCUCAUGAUAAGGAGAACGUACAGACGGAGAUCAAAACAGAGCCGCAGUGCGUGCCUGCUGCGAUCAAUCUAUCGGUUCCUAUAGAGCAUCCAAAGCUCGUACAUAACACAGGAACUGCUAAUGUCAGGCAAAGAACUGAAGAUGACCUGGAUAGAAUGAAGGAGGAAGCCGCCGCUCUGGUAGCCAAAUUAAUGGCAGAUGAAGAGAAUCACAAGGAGAAGACAGUCACUUCUUGUGUCCCUCCUCCAAUUGGUAACCAACCUUCCGCGGUUUCCUCCACAAGUAAUCAGGAAAAAUGGUUUUAUCGUGAUCCGCAAGGCGAAGUUCAGGGACCCUUUUUAGCUAGCGAAAUGGCUGAAUGGUGUAAAGCCGGUUACUUUAGUACGGGAUUAUUGGUGAGAAGAACUUGCGAUGAAAGGUACGCCACGCUUGGUGAUUUGAUAAAAAUGUUUGGAAGAGUACCGUUCACGCCUGGUCCACCAAUACCUCCAUUAAAGUUAGUGGAUCAGGUGAUUCCACCUGUUCCUAAUCCCACCGUACCGGCUGGACUAGUCCCUGGUGCUAUGCCAAAGGCCGGAUUAGAAGAUCCAUUGCUAUUAAUGACAUAUCAACAGAUGCAGAUGCUGCACAAUCAGAUGUUGUUUAGGCAGAUGAGAACAUCAGCGAUAGCGAAAUUAUCGCAGUCGGAACACUGGUCUUCGCUGAGUCCUAUGGAACAGAAUCAGUUGAUUCUGCAGUAUGUCAUACAAGACGGAAUGCAGGAAAUUCCGGAAGUGCCGAUAGCAACAAAUCCGUUUGUGCCUCACCUAGCGUCUCAGACGACUAAUCCUGUUAUGCAAUUGUUUACUCAAAUGCAACAAGCGAAGACACAACCUGAGACUCACUUGCCAACAAAUCCACAUACGACUACGCCUGCCCAUCCGACUACGGUAGAUCCUAUACAACAGCUUAUCCAACAGAUGGGCAGUAUGCAACCCACGAUGCAACAACCAAAUAUCGCUCCGGCUCCAACGCCGACGCAGGAAGACAAUCCAAUAAAGUCUUUACUGCGUCAACUUAAUGUCAACACGAACGGUCAUCCACAGGCAACGACUACUCACAUGGACACCGUUUGGCCGCAACCGCCGCCACAAAUGGUUCCCCCCCAAUUUAAUGCGCAGAAUUGGUUAGCGCAGGUCGGGCCCAUUCCCGCGAUGCCACCAGGACAAUUACCUGGUUCUCUAUGGGAUAUACAUGCUAAGGAUAUGAAAACCGAGCAGCAGAUAUUGGAAGAACAAAAUCUUAAGUUACAAGAGGAUAGAAAAAAGGAAGAAUUAAGAAAGCAGGAAGAAUUGCAGCGUCAAAUGGAAGAGGAGAAUGUAAAGAGGAAGUUAAAAGAAGAACAGGCUAGACAAGCUGAGGAAGCGAAACGUAAAGAUGAAGAAAGAAAGAGAAAAGAGGAGGAAAAAAAACGGAAAGAAGAGGAAAAACGGAAGCAAGAAGAAGAGCUAAAGAAGAAAGAAGAGAAAAAACGUAAGGAAGAAGAGAAAAAGCGUGAAGAAAAGAGGAAGCAAGAGGAAGAAAAUUUAAAGAAGAAACAAGAAGAGGAAAAGAGAAAGCGAGAAGAAUUUAAAAAACAAGAAGAAAAACAGAAGAAGGAAGAGGAAAAGAAAAAGAAAUUAGAAGAAGAACAAAAAAGGCAGGAAGAAGAGAGAAUCAGGAAAGAGGCGGAGGCGCGACGGCAGGCGGAAAUAGAAGAGCAAGCUCGUCGUGCGGACCAACGGCGAAGAGAAGCCGAGGCGUUGCGUAAGCUUCAAGAGAGAAAUAAAUCUCCAUGGGCUCAAGCUCCACGCACCCUCGCUCCCGCCACUCAUCCCGCUUCCCUUGCCGAAAUUCAGAGACUCGAGAAAGAAAAAAAAGUGGAGGAACAACGGCUUCAACAGCAAUUGAUGCAGCAACAAUUGGCACAGCAGAAAGCAGUAGAGCAGGCACACGAGACAUCGGCAAUCGACUCGUCAAAGCGAUUGCAAUUCAAAUGGGCGGAAAAAGCUAUUGCCUCUAGUAAACCUCUCCAAGUGAAGAGUCUCGCGCAAAUUCAGCAAGAGGAGCAGGAGCGCGUCGAUAAAAUAAAGCAACAGGAAAGAGAACGAUUGGAAAAAGCUGGCCAGAAAGAAUCCGCGAAUAUGCUGCAGAACGCUGGAAUAUGGGGUACGGCGUCGCAGUGCUUGAACUGGGCUAAUUCGAAUGCGUCGAACAGUCAAGUGUGGUCCACGAAUUCCGGUACUACUGGUUUCUGGGAUCCUACACCCGUUAAGUCAUCGACUACUACGAAACAACCAGCUAAACAAGCUACAAGUGCAAAACCUGCCUCUAGCCAGCAGCAACAGCAGCAAAAUAGCAACAAUAAAGCAUCCAAAAAUAAGAAUAAGAGAGAAGAGGAACUAGUGAAGAAAUUGUUUGAACAGAACACUGCCAAGACUGACGAAUUCACGCAAUGGUGUAAUAAAGCAUUGAGCGGUAUACAAGCGUCUGUGGAUAUCCCUACGUUCGUUGGAUUUUUGCGAGACAUCGAAUCGGCGUAUGAAGUUAAGGAGUACGUUCGCGUUUAUCUCGGGGAUACAAAGCAAAGCACGGAAUUUGCCAAGCAAUUUCUUGAGAAACGAAGCAAGUGGCGAUCGGCACAACGUCCUCAGGCGCAAGCGGACGACUUGUGCAAGCCAGCACCUGCCGUUAAUCCAAAUGCACCUGCAGAAUUUCAAGAAGUUAAGGGAAAAUCCAAGAAACCAAAGAAGGGAAAGAUGUUCAAAGUGGAUAACAGGAUCCUUGGCUUCAGUGUAACCGCUGCUCCCGAUCGUAUUAACGUAGGUGAUCGCGAUUAUGGCGAAGGCGUCUGAGCUGUUUCACCAAUUUACCUCCUAGAAAUGAUGCAACGCUCGUUUCAUUAAACGGUUUGUUAUUUAUUUAUUGUACAUGCCAAACCGGUGCUGAGAAAUCCACAUGGAUAUAUCUCUUAAAGCAUGUGAAGACUUUUUACAAUCCAACACACGAAGAAAGAAGCUCAUCCUUUUGGAGUCGAUCGCCGGUGAUUUUUAUUUAGGACCGGCUGAGCGUGGCGUUAUUUUCUUACAUUACACAAAAAAAACCAUUGUACAUACUACUCAAAGAAUAUUUCGCAUGAAAGAAGACGGACUUACUUUUUCCUAUGUACACGACAAUUAAGGUUGGAAACUUUUAUAACAUUUCAUCUCGUCAUCGUCACUUAAAAUACAUACGAAAGGAGAAAGUAUCCCGAUCGAUGAUAAUCGUGCAUGCGGAUAUGUGGCAGUCAAUAGCAAUAUGUGUAUGUAAAGGUGUUCAUUGAAAAAAAAUAACAUUAGAAUGUGCUUGAGAUUGUGAAAAUCAUCACCUUCACAUCAAGUACUGAAUAUACGGUGCGUCAGUAUUUGUCCUUGUUGAAUCCUAUGGAUUUUUGCUUCAUCGCAAAUACACGUCGAGAAAAGAGAUUUACUUUAUAUUAUUACUUGUAGUACACAUUUUGCAAGUGAUUUAAAAGUGCAUUUCAAGCACGAGAAAUCUUCCUUCACUUUUAAUACCUCUUCGUCGUCAUAAUAUUGCAGUAUAUACAAAGGGACUGCGACCAUUGAUAACAGAACAGAAUACUUGUAUUAUAUUCUGGAAUAAUAAGAACAAUUCAAAAUGAUGAUAUUUUAUGAGGAUAGUUUAGGAAAUAAAACUAGACUUUUGACUCUGUAUAGCAUUAUUCAUUAAAAAAAACUUUCAGUUUCGCAGUAGAAACAAUAGCAAUUAAAAAUAAUAUUCAUAAUACGUAUUACUCAAGGCAUUACGAUAAUAUCGGUAAUACAUAAAAUCCUGAUAACAUUAAUUAUUGCAUAUAUGGAUCUCAUUGUCUCGUCGGCAUAGACUUUUACACAUUGAUAGUCAAUUGUAACAGUAAACACAUUCAAAAAUACGAAAGACUUAUGGGAGAUUUAGAAGAUGCAAUACGUGCACAGAGAAAAAUGUAUUUUUUUUGUAAAGUUUUAUUUUAUAACUAUAAAUGUAGUUAAAGAAAAUCCAUAACUACUUUUUAGCACUUUUAAGAAUGUUUAUUUUGUUUUUUUCUAAUUGGACUAAUUAAUAUGCAUUGACACAGAUACGACGUUGGAUAAGCGUGGAAUGUUGUGACAGAUCUGACCACUCGUAAUAUUAUGAUGGUUGUUAAUUAAGGUUCAUUGAUCUUCUCUUAUAUAACAUCGAAAAUAGGAGAAGACCAUAGACCCUUACAUGAAAAGAUUUAUGUAUAAAUAGAUUUAAUGUACAGAAUAAUAUAGUGAUGAUUAAACAAACCAAUUAAAGCGAUAUAAUAAAAAAAACUGAUAAUUGAUAUUGUAUCAAUAUUCUAUUAUUGUAUCUAACGUACAACUUAAUGAAAUAAAUAUUAUUAUAUUUUCAAUUUGGCUUUCUUAUUAUUUUGUAAGUUAAUUUAUAUAUCAAAAUUCAAAAUCUUUCACACAUACACGCGUGCGGGCGCACGCACUCGCACACAUACACAUAACAACAUACUUCUUGUUACAAGAUGAAUGUAUGAAAAUGUUUUUUUCUUGUAAGUUAAUAUAUACUUUAUAUACUCUGUAUGCGGAUAAUGACUUCUGAAUACAGCAUUUUUGUGAUAAAACUACAAAUUAAAAAUAGUAAUUUCUUUGGUUCUUACAAAAAGAAGAAAAGCCCUCGAAAAGAUAUUGAUAUAUGGUAAUGUUGUACGGCGGGAUUGCAUAAGCAUGAAUUAACCUUUUUACUCCACAUAUUGCUACAAAUAACUGCUUAAAAAAUUAGCGCGAAUUGUUUUAAAAGUUAAACACAAACGAUUCGUAAUACACACGCGACGAUAUUUUGUAAUGCUAAUGGCGCAAUAAAUCUUUCUUAAACAUAUAUAUUAAAUGUAUGCGCGGGGUGAGCGGCGUUGCGGUUGGAUAUCGUUACGAAUUGUUAUUACAUGUUAUGCAUUGAUUCAUACGAUGUCAUGUAUCAUAAUAAAAGAUCAUUUAAUGGA